AUUCCAAAUUUAACAAUAUUCACAGCAAAAAAGCUUCUCUCCAUUUGAGCGGCGAUCCGAUUGUGACUCUUUCUCUCCUUCUCUCCUUCUCGUUCUCAAUAUCUUUCUCGAGAAAUUUUUGAUAGAAAGUUCAACGAAAAAGCAGAAAAAGGGGCGUUCCAGAAGAACAUCAUCGAUAUCUUCAUCAGCACGAUAUCUUAUCUCUCUCUCACUCGUUCUCAUUAAUCAUUCUUAAUUUGUUUUCUGAUUAUUUUUUCAUGGAUGUCGUGAUUUUUCCGGUACGAAAAAUCCUUACGCGAAUAAUAAUUAAUGACGACGAGAUUACGUAUUUUGAAUCUUAUUUGUUUCCUUAAUUAAUUUUUUUCUGUAGACUGGAAUUAAGACCCAAGCAACUUUUGCCAGCUGCGUUUGAGUUUUCGCUGCUCGAUUCCAGUGAAACAAGGAUCCAGAGACAAUGGAGAAGAAGAAGUAUCCGAUAGGGCCAGAGUAUUACACCCUUUACGAGGUGAUCGGGCAAGGUGUCAGUGCUUUGGUGCAUCGUGCUUUGUGCAUUCCGUUCGAUGAAGUCGUUGCUAUUAAGAUUCUUGAUUUUGAACGAGAUAACUGCGAUCUGAACAACAUUUCUCGUGAAGCGCAGACGAUGAUGCUUGUUGACCAUCCCAAUGUGUUGAAAUCACAUUGCUCUUUUGUUAGUGAACAUAAUUUGUGGGUCGUCAUGCCAUACAUGUCUGGUGGUUCAUGUCUUCACAUUCUGAAAGCUGCAUAUCCUGAUGGUUUUGAGGAAGCUAUUAUAGCCACAAUAUUGCGUGAGGCGUUGAAGGGCUUAGACUAUCUCCAUCAGCAUGGCCACAUACAUCGGGAUGUCAAAGCGGGCAAUAUUCUGCUCGGUGCUCGAGGUGCAAUAAAGCUGGGAGACUUUGGUGUAUCUGCCUGUCUCUUUGAUUCAGGUGAUAGGCAACGGACGAGGAACACAUUUGUUGGAACACCUUGCUGGAUGGCACCUGAAGUCAUGGAGCAGUUACAUGGUUAUGACUUCAAGGCUGAUAUUUGGUCGUUUGGUAUAACUGGGCUAGAGCUUGCACAUGGCCACGCUCCUUUCUCUAAAUAUCCACCAAUGAAGGUUCUGCUCAUGACCUUGCAAAAUGCACCACCAGGGCUGGAUUAUGAAAGAGAUAGGAAGUUUUCUAGGUCCUUCAAGCAGAUGAUUGCCAGUUGUCUAGUCAAAGACCCUUCCAAACGCCCAUCUGCGAAAAAGUUGUUAAAGCAUUCCUUUUUCAAGCAAGCGAGGUCAAGCGAUUACAUUGCACGAAAACUUCUGGAUGGGUUACCAGAUCUUGUUAAUCGCGUUCAGGCAAUAAAGAAAAAGGAAGAAGAUAUGCUUGCACAAGAGAAAAUGGCGGAUGGAGAGAAGGAGGAAUUGUCGCAGAAUGAGUAUAAGAGAGGUAUCAGCGGGUGGAAUUUCAAUCUCGAUGAUAUGAAAGCCCAGGCUUCAUUGAUCCAGGACAUAGACUGUGGCCUAUUGGAGAACAGUUUAUUGGGAAGUACAACUUCGUUGCAGGCUCUAGAUUCACAAGAUUCGGAAAUUCAGGAGGAGAUUGGUCAAGUAGCAAAUAAGUAUCUUCAACCCCUAAUUCACCGAACUUUAAGUAUCGCAAGGGAUAAAUCUGAUGAUGAUUCAAGUCUUGCCAGCCCCAGUUAUGAUAACUACGUAUAUUCCUCUCCCCGUCAUGAGGAUCUAUCUUCAAGUAACACCGGUGCUGCUAGUACACAUGCAAUCAAUGGGAAAUCAGUGGAUUCCACAUCAAUCCCAACCAAUCAACCAACAGAGAUUCUAGCAGGGAGCUGUGGAUUGGCAGAUAGAAAUGUUGCUCCUAAUAAAGGAGAGAGUCUGUUCAUUCCCAGUGAUAAAGCCCAAGAUCAGCUUCAAAAUGGCUCAACAUGCAAUGGGACACAUCCUACAGUGGGAGGAGAUGAAGUAGUACCAACAGAACUGACUGUUAAACCCCCAAAAGCAGCAGUAUCAACGAGCCUAGAUGAUUCUGAAGACAAAUCAAAGCCGCCAGUUGUGCAGCAAAGAGGGCGUUUUAAAGUAACUUCUGAAAAUCUCGACAUAGACAAGGUGGCGAUUCCAUCUCCAAUCCUGCAAAAGAGUCACAGCAUGCAGGUGCUCAGCCAACAUUCUGCUGCUUCUCUGCCUCCCUCUGUUUCAGGAUCUGACAUCACGUUACCAAAUCUAACCAGCUCAUACGUUUACCCGCUGGUGUAUCCGGUUCUGCAAACCAAUAUAGUGGAAAGGGAUCACAUUCUGCAUAUGAUGAAAGUACUCACCUACAGAGAGUUGAUAGACGGACGUUCAGUUGAACAAGGAAGCGUACAACAACCUAUUGUAGCUCCUACUGAGAAAUCCAUGCUUGAAGCAGCACACGAAAGAGAGAAAGAGUUGCUCCACGAUAUAACCGAGCUGCAAUGGAGGCUCAUUUGUGCAGAAGAAGAGCUUCAGAAGUACAAAACUGAACACGCCCAAGUUUGAUUUCCUAAGAAACCCGAGAAGAUGUGUGGGCCUCGGUAGAAGAAGUUUGAUUCAUCCUCAGCAAAUAAGUAUUUCAAUAAGAUAAUAAAUCUAAUGAAGGUUAAGAUUUGCUUUCAGAUGUUUUGUAAUUUGAUUCAUAAAUACAUCACUCCCUACUAUCACUUUGUAUUAAUUUUUUUUUAGUCUUUUAGGUUUGUUUAAGGAAUAUGUAUUAUGUACCAUGGUAGCUAUUUUAUAUCCAUGGUAACAUAAUGAUAUGUGCAAUAUUGAUACGAAAAGGGUUAUUGAGAAGC